AUGACCACGCCGGCUAAACGACGCCUGAUGCGCGACUUUAAACUGAUCCAAGACGAUCCGCCGCCGGGCAUCAGCGCCGCUCCCAAGGAGUCCAACAUCAUGCACUGGAAUGCGGUCAUCUUUGGCCCGACGGACACUCCAUUCGAGGAUGGCACUUUCCAUCUGAUGCUCACCUUCAGCGAGGACUACCCGAACAAGCCACCGAUAGUCAAGUUUGUUUCCAAGAUGUUUCACCCAAAUGUGUACAACGACGGCAGCAUCUGCCUGGACAUUCUGCAGGCUCGCUGGAGUCCGACGUACGACGUGGCCGCCAUUCUCACCUCCAUUCAGUCGCUCCUCGACGAGCCGAACCCCAAUUCACCUGCUAAUGCAACCGCCGCCCAGCUGUACACUGAAAAUCGCAACGAGUACAUUAAGCGCGUCAUGGCCACCGUUGAGCAGAGCUGGGCCCAGUUUCCCGAGAGUGAUCCCGAGGAGCAGAGCAAGGAGGCUCCGCCGAGCAGCAGCAGCAACAACAGUGAUGGCAACAGUGGUGGCACUUAA